AUGGCGUCCCAGGACUGGUCGCCGUCCGGCUUCACGGCCAGCCGCGGCCAAUUCCAGCCCGGCAAGCUUCGCGCGGUGCUGGUGGCGAACCGCGGCGAGAUCGCACUCAGGCUGCUCCGCGCCGCAAAGGCACUCGACCUCAAGACAGUGUCCGUGUACACGCAGACAGACGAGGGCGCACCGCACCGCGCGCAGGCCGACGUCAGCGUUCUUCUCGACGGAAAGGAGUCCGACGGCAAGGGCUAUCUCGACCAGCAGGCCAUCGUCGACGCUGCUCGGCAGCAUGGUGCCCAGGCCAUCCUCCCUGGCUACGGCUUCCUGUCGGAGAACGCCGAGUUUGCGCGCUUGGUCGAGCGUCACGGGCUUGUGUUUGCGGGCCCAGCGCCCGACACCAUCGAGGAGCUCGGGUUAAAGCACCGGGCCAGGCAGCUGGCCGAGGCGGCCGGUGUGCCAUGCGUGCCGGGCAGCGGCCUCUUGCACUCGGCCGACGAGGCCGUGCGGGAAGCCGCGCGGAUCGGCUACCCGGUCAUGCUCAAGGCCAGUGCAGGCGGCGGCGGGCUGGGCCUCCAGAUCUGCCGGGAGGCUGCAGACGUCGAAAGUGCCUAUGAGGGCGUUGUUCGCCGGGCCAGGACGCUGUUCGGCGACGCCGACUGCUUCCUGGAAAAGUACGUGGAGCGCAGCCACCACAUUGAGAUCCAAAUCUUUGGCAACGGCCUGGGAGAGGUGGCGCACUUUGGUGAGCGCGAGUGCUCCAUCCAGCGGCGCCACCAAAAGGUCGUGGAGGAGGCGCCGUCGCCCUUUGUCGCGGCCAAUCCAGGCCUGCGCGAGAAGAUGACGAGCUGCGCGACCGCCUUUGGUCGCCAUGCACGCUACCGGUCGGCCGGCACGCUCGAGUUCCUCGUCGACGACGACAGCGCCCGCUUCUACUUUCUCGAGGUCAACACCCGGCUCCAGGUCGAGCAUCCUGUGACCGAGAUCGUGUGGGACGUGGAUCUUGUGGCUUUGAUGCUCCAGCAGGCCGACUGCCAGCUGCAGGGACGCGGUGGCAUCCCGGCAGAGGUGCUCAAGGCGCUGGAACAGGACGACGUGCCGCCGCGCCACGCUGUCGAGGCGCGCGUCUACUGCGAGAACGCGCUGCGCGACUACCAGCCGAGUCCGGGCGUGCUGCAGAGCGUGCGCUGGGAGCACGACCCGCGCCAGCAUCGUGUAGACGGCUGGGUCAGCACAGGCACAGCAGUCACGCCGUCCUACGACCCCUUGCUGGCAAAGGUAAUCGGCUUCGGCAAGAGCAGAGACGACGCACGGAACGCGCUCUCCUCUCUCCUCGAGCGCUCCGACGUCUACGGCCCCACCAAUGUCGACUUUCUCAUCGCGGUGCUUGCCUCGGACGUCUUUGCCUCGGGACGCACGCUCACCAGCUUCCUCCAAAAGGACUUUCGCUUUCAGCCCGCCGUUCUCGAGGUGCUGGAGCACGGCCUCUCCACGUCGGUCCAGGACCUGCCUGGGCGGCCCGAGAUCGGCCAUGGGCUGCCCGUCUCGGGCCCCAUGGACCCGCUCUCCUUCCGACUGGCCAAUGCCAUUGUGGGCAAUGACGACACGAGGACGGAGGCGCUCGAGAUCACGCUGCAGGGGCCCAGCCUGCGCUUCCACACCGCCGCCGUCGUGGCCCUGACCGGUGCCGCGAUGGAGCUCUGGCUCGACGACGUUCCCCAAGCCAUGUUCACCAAGAUCCUGGUCCCGCCGCAGUCUGUUCUGCGCGUGGGCAACCUCAGGGGGGACGGCGGCUACCGGGCCUACCUGGCCAUCCGCCAUGGCCUGCCACACGUCCCGCGCUACCUCGGCUCCAAGUCGACCUGUGCCAGCCUGGGCCUCGGCGGCCACCAGGGCCGCGAUCUGCGGACCGGCGACGUGCUGCGCCUGGCGCCGCUGCAGGGCGGUGGCGACGAGGCAACCUUUACACUGCCCCAGUUACUUCGCCCACCGCUGGUGAGCGCCGACACGAGCCGGCCGACGACCGUCUACUGCAUGCGCGGACCCUACGACGACGACGAGUACCUCACGCCGGCAGGGCGCGCGUCCAUCUACCAGAGACCGAUGACGGUGAGCCACAACGUGGCGCGGUCCGGCAUCCGAUUCACCCCCGAUGGAGAGAUGCAGUGGGCACGGCAGGACGGGGGCCAGGGCGGCAGCCACCCCAGCAACAUCCUCGAGUUCCCCUACAGCGUCGGCGGCCUCAACUGGAACGGCGACACGCCCGUCGCGCUGGGCGUCGACGGACCAGACCUGGGCGGCCUGCUCAUCAGCAGCACGACAGUGUCGGCCGAGUACCGCCUGGGGCAGCUUUCGCCCGGCCUGAAGAUCCAGUGGACCCCGAUCACGUUUGAGGGCGCCCGCGAGCUGAGCAGGCGGCAGGACGCAUACAUCGCCCAGGUGCUCUCCGCGGCCCGCGCAGACCAAAGCGACAUCGAGCCGCUAAGCAUGCAUCUGUCCGACCAGCCCGACGUCUCGCCCAUCCUGCACCAGACGGCGCUGGGCGACUCGGUCAUGACCCUGCGGGCCGCCGGCGACUGCUGCCUGCUGGUGGAGCUGGGCGAGAUGCGGGCCGACAUCAUCGUGCGGGCCAAGGUGGAGCUCAUGCGGCGCACACUCGAGAAGCGACCCAUGGCGGGCGUGCUCUACGUCGACGUCAACAUCCGGACGCUCUCGAUCCGCUUCGACCCCCGGCUGAUCCAGCAGCGCCAGCUCGUCGAGCGCGUAGUCGAAGUCGGCGCGCAGCUGCCCAGCUCCCUCGAGGCCAUGGAGAAGCUCCCGUGCAGGACCUGGCACCUGCCCCUCUGCUUUGGCCACCCGGCGCUUGGCGCGGCCGUGGAUCGCUACAAGGCCACGGUGCGCAACAAGGCCGUCUACCUCGACCAGUCUGCGCCGGGCAGCGACAACCGGGCCUAUCUGGCCCAGUGCAACGGCCUCGACGAGCGCGUCAUGGAGGAGAGCCUGCUCACGUGCCCGCUGUGGACCGUCGGCAUCGGCUUCUUCCUCGGCACGCCCAUCCUGCUCUCCCAGGACCGGCGCACGAGGCUGCGGUGCCAAAAGUACAACCCCACCCGUCUCUCGACGCCCGAGGGCGCGUUUGGCUGGGGCGGCAGCAUGGGGGCCAUCUACGGCGUCGAGUCGCCCGGCGGCUACCAGCUCGUGGCCAGGACACUGCCGCUGUGGUCUACGUAUGGCACUGCGCCCGGGUUCAAGCCCGACCAGCCCUGGCUGCUGAGCUCGUUUGAUUCUAUUCAGUUUCACAAAGUGACCGUCGACGAGUACGACCGCUCGCUCGCGAGCCUCAAGGCGGGCACCUGGAAGUGGGAGGUCGAGGACAAGCUCUUUGACGUCGUGGAACAGGCCCAGUUUGAGGCGUCGAUUGCAGAGGCAGCGAACCAGUACGAGGCCAAGCAGAGCGAGGCGAUUGCGCGCAGCGAAAAGCAGGAAAGGCAAAUGUACGAGGACUGGCAGCACGACCAGAAGCAGCAGCAGCAGCAGCGACAGCAGCAGCAGAGCAGCUCGGGCCACGACACGACAGCGUGGGACUGGGAGCGAGACCCAAAGGCGAUCAAGAUCAAGGCGGCCAUGAAUGCCUCGGUGUGGAAAGUGGUUGCGCAGGUGGAUGAGCAGAUCAAAGAGGGCGGCCCCGUGGUCAUCCUGGAGGCCAUGAAGACUGAGAUUCCGUGCAAGGCGGACAGUGACAUGGUCGUAAAGAGGGUCAUCGUCGAGCCUGGCUCGCUCGUGUCCACGGGCGACGUCGUCGCUGUUGGCCUGCCCUUGUAG